UUCUCUUACCCGCUUCCCUGCGACGCUCUGUGGCUGCAUUGACUUGAUUAAGGCAACGACAAUGGAGCCAGAAAAGGGCACCGCCGGACGCGGGUCCGGACCCGAACCCGGAAACUUACACUUCCUCGGCUUAUGCAAGUCGCUGCUUCGUCUUCGUAACUUCUCCAGAUGCCGCGAGUUCGCUCUCAGGAUCCAACGGUCCGACCCAGACAUCUCCGACACCGUCGAUCGAAUCCUCGCAAUCACCGACGUUCACCUCGCCGCCGAGAGGCGCCUUCACGGCCACUUCGACUGGUACGCUAUUCUCCAACUACGCCGUAUUGACUCCGGAAACCACCAACUCAUACGUGAUCAAUUUAAGAGGCUCGCGCAGCUCUUGAACCCAAACAGAAAUGAGUUUGCAUCCUCAGAUGAAGCGUUCGUGUUCGUGCGCGACGCGUGGCGCGUGCUUUCGGACCCAGAGAAGAGAGCCGAAUACGAGCAGGCGAUCGGCGAUUACGUUCCCCAAGAACAUUGCACACAUAGUAGUGGGAGCAAGCAAGAGGGAUUUGGCGCUGUACCCAGCAAUGGUCCUAACGUGAAUGUAGGUGAACAGAAAGCCACAUUUUGGACUAUGUGCCCUUAUUGUUGGUCUCUGCAUGAGUAUGAAAACAUAUACGAAGAUUGCUCUCUGCGGUGCCAGAAAUGCAGGAGGGUGUUUCAGGGGAUAUUGGUCAAGCCUCCAACGAAUGACAUGUUAGUGAAGGGUAAAGACCAAUACUAUUGCUUUUGCGCGCACGUACCUUUAAGGUAUCCACCGUCGCAACACUCAGACGUGAAUGGAAGCAAGUCCAAUAUGGAAAAACCGUGGAGUAUGGAAGGCUGGUUUAAGAAUGGAAAAUCUUCUGCUGAUACCCCCGAGGACGAUGACGUCGACGAUUUAUCAAAGAAUUGCGGAAUCGGUAAAGAGGAAAGGGUUUUGCAUGCGGAGCAAGCGGGGAGUGGGGGAAUGUAUGAAGAUUCGGGAAACGGGAAGCGGCGGAUGAGGGUGAAAACUGUGGCUAGAAACACAAAGAAGAUGACCGGGAACAGGAUGAGAAAUCAGGCAAAUAUUUCACGGGAUAGUGAUGGUGAGCCGUUGGAUUUGGAUGCAGAAGAUGGUGACUGAGUUGGAAAUUACAGAAGGAGAUGGUUUUGUUUGUGUAUGACUAGCUAAUUAAUGGAAGGGGUACAGAAGGUGAGGACCUUGUUUGUGUACGACUAGCUAAUUAAUGGAAGGGGUACAGAAGGUGAGGACUUUGGUAACUUUUUGAGUAGUCCUAGCACCAUGUAGCAGAUUUCAGUGUUCUUGGCUUGUGUUCUACUCACUCUGAAGAUAAAAAAUACUUUAGGUCCAUAUGAUAGGUGUCGAUAAUGUAUAACGUCUAGUAGGAAACGAGGUAUUGCAUUGUCUUAUUAUUAACGGUUUCUGCAAUACCAAUUUUGUUCUACUGAUGAAAAAGUACUGUAAAUGUUUGGUUUCCUUGAAGAGAAUCUGUGUCAACUGAUCAUAAUCUGUGUUUUUCAUUUUAAAAAAAAAAAAAAAAGAGAAGAGAAAUACUGAGCAUGAUCUGUUCCAUGUUGUGGGUGAUUUGGUUUUUCAAUUCUAUAGUUUUUAGAAGGUAUGCCUAUUUUUUGGAGAAGAUGGAUGUUUUUACCUUUUUCCUUCAAUACAGUUAAGAAGUUAAGCUUCUAGGAAAUUUGGAUCUCAUCUUCGGAUUGUUCUGAAAUUUUUUCAUCUUGAUGAUGCUCAGCCUGAAGUGGCUGUUACUGGUUGGUAGGGUAUAACGGAAGUCUUAGCGUGUAUUUUGGCUGAUUUAUCAUAUUCAGCUUACCUCAGACGUGUAUUCUGCUGAAUUUCUUUCUUCGAAAUUAGUGAUUAAACUCUUUUGAAUCAAAACAUUUCCAGGUUUAGUUCAACUUCAAAAUAUCUGAUCUAUUACCCAUAAUACAAUCAUCAUCAAAACAUCGCAUGAACAGCUAUGAAUGGGAUAGAAAAAAGAACAAAAAUUUGGGAACCGGAACUUCUCUUGGCUAUAAUGCCUUUUCAGCCUUAUUGUAUGAUAUAUCCUCUGAUUUCAACAUGUCUUUCUUUGAGAUGUCCGUGAUUUGAUUUGUGGCUUCCAUUCCAAUCUUAGCCCCUUGCUUUUCUUCUCUCUUCCUAAUUCGAAGGUUUGUUUUUAAACUGAUGAAUAUAAACUAGAAAUGCAUAUCAUGUUGAAUGUCUGAAGUGUCCCAUUUACUGAAUGUGUUGUACCUGAAACACUUUUCUCUUCUCAAGACCAAGAUGAUGAGCUAAAAGACCCUUCGCCCCGUUUUGUACGAAGUAUUGAAAAUGAGAGAUAUGGAUUGAGAUUGUAAUUGAAAAAAAUCAUUAAAAAGUAUUUAGCAUAAAUAAUUGUUUAUUGCAUAGGAUUAGGCAAACCUAUGAAAGUGGAAUUGGUAAAUACCACUUCUCCCUAUGGUAAUCCCCAAUCCCACAUACAUGGGUAUAUCUAAUGUCAUGUAACAAGCAAUCUCUUAUAUUAAACACUAUGUUGAUAGAAUUUCUCAAUUCUAAUCCUAAUUUGUAUCCCUCAUUUUCAAUACUUCUUACCAAACGGGACCUUAGUUUUUAGCUAAGAAUCCUGAACCUUGUGAAACUUGGCGGUCAUUUUGGUCAACAACAACAAAGUCUUAUCUGAGCAAGCAGGUGGGGUGGGCAUUCUGGUUGUGCGAUCAAAAACUUUAAAAACAGAACAGUAAUAGAUCUUAUUAUUAAUAUAAGAAUUGACUAGUUACUUCAUUAGCCUCUAACUGUGCAUGAGUGAACCUUGACGACUUGAUCAAGAGGGAUAUGCAGCCUACAAGACUAGCAAACAUUGUAUGCAGCCUAUAAGAUUCUGUGAUUUAUGAAUGCAUACAAUUGUUCAAAAAUUUUAGGAUCUUCGGUUUAGUACAUCAUUUUUUCACACACACAGAUCACAGGUAUAUCUUGUGACUUAUCUGCUUGUACAUAACAUAUUUUUAUAAUUACUGUGGAGUCUCAUAAAGACUUGAACAUGCAUAACCUGUACGAUAUGUGCUCUUCAAAAUUGUGUCCUACAUUCUCAGGUAGAAGAAGAAAGGCCAAAAGAAAAACAGACUCUGGAUUUUUUUGGGUUGAUGACAUAAGAACAGAUAAUCUAUUUAUGACAAAGAUUCUAAAAUUAACUUUGAAAUCACCUCACUUUUAAAUGCUGAUUGAGUUAUGACAGGAUCAUCCUCUGAUUUGCUAUUAAUAAAAAGCAAAUAAAUUCCCCCUAAUCCUAUUAAAUUUUGAUAUAUUUUUCAUUUGCAAUGAAAUAAUUAAUACUCAUUAAUAAUAGACUGUCACCUCUUUACCUAGAUAUAUUUUGUUCUGUCUAUUCAAGGUAAAAAAGUUUCCCAAUCUCCCUUCUGCGAAUUUGCAUUGCUUGCUUUUUUUCCUCUUUUCAUCUCUAUAUAUGCUAUCUGUUACAGAAAAAGAAUUCAAAUUCAAUUCAAUGGUCAUAGUUCGGCAGGGCAUGCGGAUUCAAAAUUACUAUAACUCGGAAGUAUACAAGCUAAGAAGAAGCUUUCCUCGAGGGACUAUCUCGGAGACAUACAGAAACUCAUUCUUAAAACCAAAAUCGAAGGCAGAGAUCAAGUUACUCGCUGCCAAGAAACACAGUGAAGCAGAGAAGAGACGCAGGAUGCGAAUCAAUGCUCAAUAUGCCACCCUUCGCACCAUCCUCCCCAACUUGGUCAAAAUGGACAAGGCAUCAGUACUGGCGGAGACUAUAAGGCAAGUAAAGGAGCUGAAAAAGAACAUAUCGGAAUUGGAAGCAGCUAGUACGAGUAGUUCAGGUGAGAUCACUGUGUUUCCCAGUGCAGUAGACAAGUUGAACUUGGAACACUGUAAAGAUGAGGAGGGCCUUGUAAAGGCGACCUUGAGUUGUGAGGAUAGGCCAGGGAUAAUGUCAGCCAUUACAAGGGCUCUUAGGUCGGUGAAAGUCAAGGUGGUAAAGGCUGAGAUGGUGAAUGUAGGAGGGAGAACCAGAAAUGUGUUGUGGGUUCAAGGCCUGGAAAAAGGAAAUGAAGGGAUGGUUGUCCUGAAGAGGACGCUGAAGGCUGUCAUGCGCAAGCCAUCUUUCAAGAUGCAUCGUCUGACUCAAUAAUUGUGACUUUUCGGUGUUGUAAUUUUUUAGGAUUACUUGGAUUGACGCAAUAAUCAAAUUAGUAUAGUGCUAGGAUACAAGGUCAGGUUAAUAAUCACGCUGUAUUCUGUAGAAGACAGGCUAUCUAGGGGCUAACCGUGGCUUACAAUCCUCUCUAUUAGUGCUAAUCAUGUUUGUGAUGUUUUUGUAUAUUUAUAAAAAUAAUCAUGCCUUAA